AUGAGUGGUUUGUUAGACCUUGGUGUUAAUGUUGGACCAUCUGUCAACGUUGGUACCGGAAAAACAGCCAUCUAUACAGAAAGUACACACAAGCGCGGUCAUACAGGACUUUUGGAUCUUGGGGUCAACUUAGGAUUAGACAAAUCCAUAAACACCAAUGUUGACAAAACCAUUGGUAUUGGCGGUGGAUCUAAUCUGGGUCACAAUAAAAAAGGUGGUUUGUUAGACCUUGGUGUUAAUGUUGGACCAUCUGUCAACGUUGGUACCGGAAAAACAGCCAUCUAUACAGAAAGUACACACAAGCGCGGUCAUACAGGACUUUUGGAUCUUGGGGUCAACUUAGGAUUAGACAAAUCCAUAAACACCAAUGUUGACAAAACCAUUGGUAUUGGCGGUGGAUCUAAUUUGGGUCACAAUAAAAAAGGUGGUUUGUUAGACCUUGGUGUUAAUGUUGGACCAUCUGUCAACGUUGGUACCGGAAAAACAGCCAUCUAUACAGAAAGUACACACAAGCGCGGUUAUGCAGAACUGUUGGAUCUUCGCAACAAUAAAAAUGGUGGUUUAUUAGAUCUUGGUGUUAAUGUUGGAGCUGCUGCUAAUGUCAAUACCCAAAAAUUAGUUAACUAUGAACGCAGUAGACUGAAUCAUGGUCACAUAGGACUUGUGAAUCUCGGUGUCAAUUUGAAAACAGACAAAUCCAUAAAUUCCAAUGUUGACAAAAAAAUUAUUGACAUUAACGGUAUAUCUAAUCUCAGCCAUGAUAAAAAAGGUAAUUUCUUAGACCUUGGUGUUAAUGUUGGACCAUCUGCUAAUGUCGAUACGCAAAAAACAGUUAACUUUAAGGGCAGUAACUUAAAUCGCGGUCAAAUAGGACUAGUUGAUCUCGGUGCAAACCUAAGAACAGACAAAUCCUUAAACACCAAUGUUGACAAAACCAUUGGUAUUGGCGGUGGAUCUAAUCUGGGUCACAAUAAAAAAGGUGGUUUGUUAGACCUUGGUGUUACUGUUGCACCAUCUGCCAACGUUGGUACCGGAAAGACAGCCAUCUAUACAGAAAGUACACACAAGCGCGGUCAUACAGGACUUUUGGAUCUUGCUGUCAACUUAGGAUCAGUCAAAUCUAUUGACUUGGAUUCCAAAAAAAAUGUUGGUUUUGCAGGUGUAAAAAUUCCAAGUCACUGCGGUAAAGAUGGUUUACAAAGCGUUGGAGUUAAUAUAGAUUUAGACGCUCAGGUUGGUGUUAGUUUAUAG